UGGGAUCCUGCCAGCUGCUGCACAAGGCCUGGAAGGGAGCUGCAGUUCAGGCCCUGCAGCAGCACCUCAGCUCUUGGAGGAGGUGUGAGCAAAGGCUGGCCAGCACUCGGAUCCAGGUGAUUAGAAGCCAUCUGUAGCACUUUGUGCUUGGGACAGCUGCUCAAAGGACCUUGUUCCUGAAGAAGGAUGGCUGCAAAGAAAAAGGAGGUAGUGCUGCAGAUUAACAUUACUAGCCAGGAGCUUUGGGAAGAAGUGCUGUGUCUCAAAGGACUCAUUGUUGUUGAUGUGUAUCAAGCCUGGUGUGGCCCAUGCAAACCAGUAGUGAAUCUGUUCCAAAAAAUCAAGAAUGAAGUUGGCAGUGAUCUCCUGCAUUUUGCUGUGGCUGAAGUUGAUUCCAUUGAUGCUCUGGAAAAAUACAGAGGACAAUGUGAGCCUGUCUUUCUCUUUUAUACAGGAGGAGAAUUAGUGGCUGUUGUAAGAGGAGCAGAUGCACCCUUGCUGCAGAAGACCAUCCUGAAACAGCUGGCAGGGGAAAGGAAGGGAUUCCACGGAGGAGAGCCUGUGGUGGUGCCAGACAGAGCCUUCUCCAGAGAGCAGGGAAGCACAGCUCCCCUUCAGGAGGAGCAACGGGGAGGACUAACAGGCUGACGCACCCAUCGG